AUGCUCAAGCGGAGAACAAACCACCCAAGGCGAAGUGGCGAUCAUACUACGCAAGGCGGUAGUGGCGAACAAACCACCCAAAGCGGAAGUGGAGAACAGACUACUGACGGCUCAAGUGAAGAAAAUACUAAGCAAGGCAGUAGUGGCGGUAGUGGCGAACAAACCACCCAAAGCAGAAGUGGAGAACAGACUACUGAAUGCACAAGUGAAGAAAAUACUAAGCAAUGCGGUAAUGGUGAACAGACCACUGAAAGCUCAAGCGGAGAACUUACCACCCAAGGCAGAAGUGGGGAACAUACUACGCAAGGCGGUAGUGGUGAACAGACUACUCAAGGUGGAAGUGGCGAACAGACUACUGAGGACUCAAGCGGAGAACACACUACCCUAAGCGGAAAUAAUGAACAGACAACCGAAGAUGUAAGUGGAGAGUCAACGACCGAGGAUAGUACAGAAUGUAAUGAAACUACAGAGCAAUCAGAAUCUUCAUCAGAGGUCACAGAAAAACCAGUUUAA